AUGAUAGAGAACCCAGGUGAGUAGAAUAUAUUUGGCCUCGUUUUGAAGAGUACUACUUUUAUCCGUCCGACUGGUUUAUGCAAAUAAAAUCGACGAGUUGGAAGUUAAAGUUUCUCCUUUUUCCGGCGGAAUCGCUUUGAAAUUUGAAACCUGGACAAAUAGGUGACAAAAAGAGUGGAAAAUUAUUAAGCUGGCAUGGUGUCGAGCGACGUGGCAUUUCUCCCUCCCUUUGUUCCUCGCUUUCUUUCUCUUUCUCUCGCUUUCCGACCCCGAAAUAGUCGCGUGCCGCCCAUUUUUCUCUCACCUCGCGCCAGCGCCCUACCAGAAACCAAUCGCAACCAGUCAGUUCGGCCGUCCGUCCGUCAGUCAGUCGUCCCCUCCGCUCAUUCAAAUCGCUCCGAUCGGACGGGGACCGGCGCCCUGCCGGUCACACUCUCCGCAGUUGUUGUCGUCUUCGUAUCCGCCGUCCGACACGCUCUCACCUUUCUUUUUUAAUGCUCUUUAUGAUUCGCCAAGGACACGACGAACCAUCUGUUUGUUGUGCCGACCCCAUCUUGUGGUGGACAGGGAGAAGGAGAGAGAAAGAAGUUGCGGUUGAAUUUCGAAAUUCGAGGUCGAAACACAAUUACUACUAUCAUCACUUCACCGCUCCUGCCCCCUGAGAAAAGCCCGCGGAGUUCAAAUAUUGCCCCGCCCCUUCCCCUUCAGCGUUUAAUUCUUGCAAGUGGCGCGCGAAAUUUUCGCAACGCUGCCGCACACAUUGUUCUGAACACCGAAUUCUUUGUAAUUAAAGCAGACAAUUAUUUUUUUGUUAUCAAAACCUAUUCUUUCGCCUUGUUGCAUCUUCUUCUCAGAAAGAAAACACAAAAAACCGACAACGAAUGUUUUUUCACUUGUUCUUUCACUGUCGAACUGAAGAGAAAAAUGCGUGCGGCACCGUUGCGAAAACUCCGCGCGCUACUUGCAAGAAUUAAACGCUGAAGGGGAUUUGAACUUCGCGGGCUUCUCUCAGGGGGCAGGAGCGGUGAAGUGAUGAUAUCCGCUUGAAGCCUUUCCUUUGUGGAGUAUCGCCACCAGAACAAGGUGUUCUCUUUUUUUGUUAAGUCAAAUAGUCUUGAAUGCAUCUCUUACCUGCCGAGACGCUCUUCAAUUGACACGUGUACUAAAGAGUUUCGUCGAAAUUUCAAAAGUCCACUCGCCGAGGAGACCUGUUUCCUCGGCUUAAUUGCCUCCAAUUUGUAUGAAUUUACUGGCCGGGCUGGCUUCCCUGCCCUCUCCGAUUCUCAUUCAUUUUUCUCACACAUCUGCCCCGUUUAGUCAUCAAAAAGCCUGAGGCAAGCUGGUUCAAUAAAAACUGUGUUUGUGCCGAUUGUUGCGACACACUCUGCGAUUCCUCCUCCUACUCCUCAUCAUCACCGCAUCCCUCCUCCGACCACGGCGCGGGCUUGGAGGACGGUGUAAACAUUUUUUGUUUUCUAGCGGCGGCUUUCUCUCAUUUCUCUUAUUCUCUCUAGGCAACAAAUAGCAAAUAGGCGACAGUUGUUCUUCCAAGUUGUACGAGAAACGACAAGAUGUUUGGAGAAUCUGACACUCUUCUCCGUAUCUUUUUCGUUCCAAGAGAUGCUCCGAAGUAGUGAAAUUUCCCUCAAUCGUCCUGAAAAGCUGUGCAUGUAUCACCUCGUGCCCCCUAAUGGCCGAGGUUUUCCCACAUCGUGAAUAGAUCGGCCAUCUGGGAGAAAUUCAUAUGUGGAGGCUUCUCCGCUUUUUUCCGAUAAAUUUUUAUCUUUCUGCUAGGAAAGUGUGUGUAAUUUUUUAUUGGUCUUCACUCAAAUUUAUUGCCGCCCGUCCCGAAGACCGCCGGACAGCACAUUCCGCUGAUUUAAACCCACAACUUGUGUCCUUUUCUCGUUUCGCUUUCCAAUUUCUUUUCUCCCACUUCUCAAUUCACGUUUUCUACUUCUCAUACUGAUUUGAUGAAUGUUUCAGAGCAAAUGGGUAAGGACAGAGAUCCCGGAGACCAACAACAGCACCCACCAACCACACCGCAGCCAACCGCGCCAUCACCAGCGCCACACGGAAGUCAUCCGAAAGAUCCAAAGAUGCAGGCCACUCGCGUCCGUCUUCCCGACGGUGUCUACAAAGAGUUCGAAGUUAAUGUGAGUGGAUUAUAUUUUUUCAACCACUUUUCCAUCAACUUCUCCGAAAAUAAUCAAAACAUUUUGCAGCGCAGCUCCGAAGGCGACGCCCUGUUUCAGAUGGUCACUCGUGACUUGUCGAUCGAAGAGCGAGGCUAUUUUUCGUUGUGCUUCUACGAUAAAGACGAAGGCACACGCCACUGGCUGUACAACGACAAGAAAAUUUUGAGACAACUCAAAGGUUUUUGCUCCACUUUUCCUGUUUUGCUACAAUUCUUAAUUCCAGGUCUUCCAUGGGAGUUCUCGUUCGAGGUCAAGUUCUACCCGACCACCCCGACUACACUCGUCGACGAUCACGCGAGAUAUUACCUGUUCCUGCAGCUCCGCCGCGACAUCCUCACGGGUCGCCUCCCCGCCACUGCCGACACCCACGCCCUGCUCGGCUCUUUCGUUGCUCAGAUGGAGUUCGGAGACGCGCCGAGCCAAAUAUCCGACGAAUAUGAACAGUUUAUUGUAAACUCGAAGCUCGUGCCGACGGAGCAAGCCAAUUCGGAAGAGUUCAAGAAGAUUGCCGAUUUGCACAGAGAGCUCCGCGGACAGACCACAUCGGAGGCCGAGACGCAGUUCUUAGACAACUGCAAGCAUCUGGCUCUUUAUGGAAUUCACUUGUUCAAGGCAACGGUACGUGUAUUUUGCGAAAAUUCUAAAAUAAUUACUGUUUUACAGGAUAAGGACAAGAAGCCAGUGGACAUUGGAGUGGGCGCCGUCGGCAUUAACAUCUACCAGGACGGAAAGAAGCUCCACACGUUCCCGUGGCAAUCGAUCGUUAAGAUUGGCUACAAACGCAGUCAUUUCUCGAUCAAAAUCAAGGCGGGAGUCAUUGGAAAAGACAAGAAAGACGAGAAGACUCUGGAGUACAAGCUGCCGACGCAUCUGGCGUCGAAGAGAACGUGGAAGUGUGCGGUCGAGCAUCACACCUUCUUCAGACUCAUACAGCCGGAGGACAAGCCCCCGAAGUCGUUCUUCAACUUUGGCUCACAACGUUUCAGUUAUCAGGGACGCACUCAGUUCCAGACCAAGAUGGCCUCGCAAAUGUUUGAUCGUCCGGCAAAUGUGGACAGAGCGCCGUCGUCCAUGUCACAACCGAUCACUUGUGAGUUUGAGUAUUCUUCAAAACCUUUAUUUUUUAUAAUUCGCAAUCUCUGACUCGAUCUGAUGUGGAUUUUUGACCGUGAUUGGAUAACAGUUCACAAUGAACCUGUCCUUAUUUCAGCGACCGAGGAGCAGAAGCUGAACACCCUGAAUCUGACGGACACUGAGCUCGAGCAGCGUAACUUUGAGGUUAGUUCCCAUUUUCUUUUUUGCUGUAGAUUGUUGCUUUUUGUCAAUGUUUGCAUGCUCUCUUUCAGUUGUAAUAUUCAGUUAAUUCAGCUUUACGUGUUACUUUCAUACUCACACCGCACCCUUUUUCUUUUUGUCGAGAAUAAAUAUCAAACACAUGCCACACAUCACACCCACACACGUAUGUUUUUCAGUCUAAAACCCCUCUUGAACUGAAAAACCUACGAAUUCGUUGUAAUGUAAUUCCCUCGUAAUUUAGCCCUAUCCUUUUUCGCUCCCUGUUCGUGGAUUAAAUUGUAAAUUUAGGCUGAGGUCUCAACAGUAUCAGUCCAAUUAUUGUACCGGUGUGAGAGGGGGUUGAUGAUGAUAUCGAGUGAGGAGAAGGUCCCCGUUUUUCAUGGAAUCUUAUCAGUUUUCCCCCAAAAUGUACCUUCCUUCCCACACAAAAACAGCGAUUCUCGAUGUGUUGUAGUUGUUUGACAGUGCUUUUCUCUCCAAAAUCUCUAUCUCUAACCCCCUUCUCGAAAAAGCAUCGCACCAUGUCGUAAUCUCUUCGUUCUCAUUCGUUGACUCGUCAUCGUCAUCGUCACAGUCGUCGUCGUGUUCUGGAGACUCUUGAGUACUAUAUCUGCGGAGAACGGAAGCUUUUUGAAACGACGUCGGCCACGUGUGUUGUUUUUACAUAGUUGCGUUCUCCCUACUUGGUUUCAUGGUAGUCGCCUGGUAGUGUGUCACAGCUUUCGACAACCAAACCAAUUGCCACUUCUUACAGAGGUACCGACGCGCGCUUACUCCCAAGUCGUACACCCGCGACGACGAUGCGAUCUCCUCUGCCACGUUUGCCAAGUAUUCGUCCCGUCCGUCGACGCUGAUUGUCUCCACAACUUCCGCCAAUGCGCCACCACACGACCAUGACCUGUCCUAUUCGCCACGUGGCCUCGAUGACUCGAAUCUAUCGUCCGCCGCCUACUACAUGUCGGAGCGAUCCUCACUGCGCACCCCGUCCUCGGCUUACUAUCCACCGUCCGAGUAUGCCGCCUCCUCGUCCGCUUCUGCCAUUCAGAGUCCCACCGCGGACAGUCCCUACUACUUCGAAGGCCAGCAUCGUGGAGAGUAUCAUGUGCAAAUGCGUCAGCAGACCACCGCUCCCACGUCAUCGGCGGCGAGAGGUGCUCGCCGCAAUCUGUUCGGACGAGCUUCCGACACUUCCCGCGAUAGCGUUCGGCUCGUCUCGUUCCAUGAGCCCGUCGAUCCGGAGCAGCCGAUUCCUAACACGUAUCCGGUGAACGAGCUGCCAGAGAUUCCGAUCGAACGCAUAGUGCACGUCUACCACGAGGGCCACUACGAUCGCUUGAGCCCUCGUCGCGAGCAGCUGCCCUACGGAUUCGGUGUCUACACGCCACGCAACGGAGUGAGCCACGUGGACCGUCUCGAGCCGCACGGUGAGAUGGAUCAGCAGCCCAUUCGUUUCUUUGUCGACGUUCGUCAUUCUGGCGCCAGUCGACGAGAUCCGGCCAAGCGCAUCUCGCACCCUGGAAAGGAGGACGUGAAGGAGAAGAUCGAUCCGAAAGACUACGACUUUGCUCCUGCUUCCACAAGCGACGCUCUGCACCGGACCGAAUUGGCGAGAGACGUGCAGGCGGCGAACAUUCAGCAGUACUCUCGACGCUAUCAUCACGGAGACUCUCAGACGCUGAACGAGCCAUCGACCAGCACUCCACAGUACCGACUUGUCACCCAUGUCCAGCCACUUGUUGUCAGCCAUCAGAGGGACGCUCGGAACGGCCAGCAGUCUUCGUCGAAUGUGAAUGCGACAAUCUCGCAGAGAGAACAUGCCGCAUCGACGAGAGUGCGGAGAGAGUCACCAGAUGCAGAUCGGAGAGUUCGUUUGUCUGCAAGUGUCGAUCGCAGUGGGAAUGUGACUGAUACGACUGAAGAUAUGGCUAGAUCCUCGACAGCUGAAGUCACAACUUCUACGACUGUGGUUGAGCCGACGAAGAAGACAAAGAGACCAAAGAUCCCGCAAAUAGCCGACCAGAAAACUCGAGAAGUUCGUCUCGUUGCGCGUGUGAAAUCUGAACCUGAGGAAGAACAAGUUGCCGAGCCAGUUGUCAAAGAGAAGAAGCCGAAGAAGGAGGGAUCCAAGCUCGGAUUCUUCAGCCGUACCACCAAGACGACCAAGACUUCUGAGUACCCGCAGACUUCUGAUCACUUUACUGGAGAUCUCGAUACCACCGAUCGUAGUUACGAACUUGAGAGCUCUCCAUUCGAGCAUAUGCAGACACCGCCAUCCUCUCGACAGAAGGCGACUGUGACAACAGAAUCUGCUCCAUUCGUGCAGGAGAAGAAACGCUACCGUUUGAUUGCUCGAUUCCGUCAUGAUGGAGAUGAAGACGUCGUUGAGAAACCAGAUCCAUACAUCAUCGCAUCUACUUCUUACGAUGGGCCACUGGAAGAAAUUCAUCGUCAUGAUGAAUUGGAUCAGACUCCGAUCGGCGAGCACUCAUCCAUUUAUCAUCACGGAGAAUCCUGGAGAAUCGACAAAGCCUCAUCGCCAUCUGUUCCUACUGAAAAGUCGAAGAAGCAGAAAAAAGAAAAUAAAACAAAAGCUGCGCCUGUGAAGUCCCCGAAGAAGGAGAAGCUGUCCGAACCCGCUGAGCCAGAAACUCGUGAAGUUCGUUUGAUUGCUCGUGUUCGAUCUGAUCCAGAUGAGGAGCAAAUAGCCGAGCCUGUUGUCAAGGAGAAGAAGCCGAAGAAGAAUGGGUCCAAGUUCGGAUUAUUUAGCCGUACCACCAAGACGACCAAGACUACUGGAUAUCCAGAGACUUCCGAGCAAUACUCUGGUGAACUCGACGUCACUGAUCGCCGUCAAGACCUGGAAAACUCUCCAUUAGAUCACAGAGAUAUUCCUGCCUACUCUCCGAAGAAGAUCGCUGCUACCGAGGAAGGAUCAUUGGUUGCACCAUCCGUGUCAGAGAAGAACCGCUACCGUCUGAUUGCUCGCUUCCGUCACGAAGGAGAUGAGGAUGAGGUCGAAAAGCCAGAUUCCUACGCUUUCGCUUCUACUUUGUACGAUGGACCUCUGGAAGACAUUCAUCGUCAAGAGGAACUGGAUCAGGCUCCAAUCGGCGAUCAUUCUGCUGUCUACAAUCACGGUGAAUCCUGGAGAAAGGAGGAGACUGCUUCACCUAUAGCUACCUUUGAAAAAAAAACAAAGAAGGUCAAGUCGCCAAAGAAGGCGAAGCUUCCAGAUCCAGUUGAGCCGGAGACCAGGGAAAUUCGCCUAAUUGCGCGAGUUCGAUCUGAGCCAGAAGAGGAGUAUGUUGCCGAGCCAGUUGUCAAGGAGAAGAAGCCGGAAAAGGAAGGAUCCAAGUUCGGAUUCUUAAGUCGUGCCACCAAGACGACCAAGACAACUGGAUAUCCGGAGACUUCAGAGCAGUUCACUGGCGAACUCGAUACGACCGACCGCAGUCACGACUUGGAAGGGUCAUCAUUCGAGCACCGAGAGAAUCCAGCAUACUCUCCAAAGAAAUCUGAAGCCUACAAACUAUCCGAGACUAGCAGUUCUCAUGUCGAAAAAAAGCAUUAUCGACUUAUUGCUCGAUUCCGCCACGAAGGCGACGAGGAUGAGGUUGAGAAUACGAAGAUUCGUCCAGAAGCCUAUGGAUUCGCUUCCACUUCUUACGAUGGUCCCCUGGAAGAAACAAACUUGGAAAGGGAUGUUGAAUAUUCUAAUCUUGGUGAUCAUUCUACUGUCUAUCAUCACGGAGAAUACUGGAGAACUGGAAAGCAGCCUGCCUUACCUGUAGCAACACUGGAAAAGAAGGUGAAAAAGGUGAAAUCUGCGAAGAAGCCGAUAGAAGCAGUGUCUGAUCAACCGGAAAAAUCCAAUAUACGUCUAAUUGCGCGCAUCCUCCCGGAUGAAGAAGAAGAGCAAACGGAAGCAUCGAAGCCAUUGAAGGAUUCCUCGUCGAAAAGCACAUUUGGUUUCUUCAAGAAAACUGCGAGAACAUCGAAGUCGUCGUCGUAUCCAGGACAAUCGGAAGGAUACACUGGCUCACUGGAAGCAAUCUCUCGCAUGCAGGAUCUGGAUACUGUUCCGUUUGAGCAUGGAGAAGUACCAGUCUACACGACGCGAAUAAUAUCGGCAGAAGAUCCAGUUGUGCAGCACGAAAAGAAACGAUACCUGAUCGCUAGAUUCCGUCACGAAGGAGAUGAAGAUGAGAUCGAGAAGCCAGAUACCUAUGAUUUUGCUACUGAUCGUUAUGAAGGGCCACUCAAUGAAACUGCUCGAAGUGACGAAGUUCAGAAAUUUCCGCUGCAUGAGCACUCUACUGUCUACCAUCACGGCGAAUCCUGGAGAAAGGAGAAGCCAGUGACACCUGUGGCUACUAUUGAAAAGAAGGCGAAUAAGGUCAAGUCAGCAAAGAAGGAGAAGCUGUCAGAACCAGUUGAACCGGAGACCAAGGAAGUUCGUCUGAUUGCCCGAGUUCGAUCUGAGCCAGAAGACGAGCAAGUUGCCGAGCCAGUUGUCAAAGAGAAGAAGCCGAAGAAGGAGGGAUCCAAGCUCGGAUUCUUCAGUCGUACCACCAAGACGACCAAAACUACUGGAUAUCCGGAGACUUCGGAGCAGUUUACAGGAGAUUUGGACACUACCGACCGCAGUCACGACCUGGAGAGCUCUGUGUUCGAACGUACGGACAUUCCAGCCUACUUACCGAGGAAUCUCUCCGUUGAAGCUGCUACACUAACUGAAGUGCAAGUUCCGGAAAAGAAGAGAUAUCGUCUGAUUGCUCGUUUACGCCAUGAAGGCGACGAGGACAUCGUUGAGAAGCCGGAGUUCUACAGUUUUCCACCGGAAGCUUACGAAGGAGCGCUCGACGAAACUUCUCGUAGUUAUGAGCUCGAGCAGGUUCCUCUUUCCGAUCAUUCUACAGUUUACCAUCAUGGAGAAUCGUGGAGAAAGGAGCAGCCAGUGUCACCUGUGGCUACUCUUGAGAAGAAGGCCAAGAAGGUCAAGUCACCAAAGAAGGAGGAGCUGCCAGAACUCGUGGAACCGGAAACCAAAGAAGUUCGUCUGAUUGCCCGAGUUCGAUCUGAGCCAGAAGACGAGCAAGUUGCCGAGCCAGUUGUCAAAGAGAAGAAGCCGAAGAAGGAGGGAUCCAAGCUCGGAUUCUUCAGUCGCACCACCAAGACGACCAAAACUACUGGAUAUCCGGAGACUUCCGAGCAGUUCACAGGAGAUUUGGACACUACCGACCGCAGUCACGAUCUGGAAGGUGUUCCAUUCGAGCACGGAGACAUCCCGGCCUACUCUCCAAUGAAGACUGUUGCAUCCGAGGAAGAUCCGUCGUCUGGACCAGCCGUACCAGAGAAGAAGCGCUACCGUCUGAUUGCUCGUUUCCGUCACGAAGGAGAUGAAGAUGAGGUCGAAAAGCCAGAUUCCUACGCUUUCGCUUCUACUUUGUACGAAGGACCUCUGGAAGACAUUCAUCGCCAAGAAGAACUCGAUCAGGCUCCAAUCGGCGAUCACUCUACUGUCUACCAUCACGGCGAAUCCUGGAGAAAUGAGAAGCCAGUGUCACCUGUGGCUACUCUCGAAAAGAAGGCGAAAAAGGUCAAGUCGCUAAAGAAGGCUGAGCUGCCAGAACCAGUUGAGCCGGAAACCAGGGAAAUUCGUCUAAUUGCGCGAGUUCGAUCUGAGCCAGAAGACGAGCAAGUUGCCGAGCCAGUUGUCAAAGAGAAGAAGCCGAAGAAGGAGGGAUCGAAAUCGAAAAUUCCAUCUUUCGGAUUCUUCCACCGUACUCAGACUCCUUCUACUUCUCACCCGGCGACUUCUGAUGGAUACACUGGACCCGUUGACACCACUGAUCGUGUUCAUGAUUUGGAGUCCGCGCCGUUCGAGCAUGGUGAAGUUCCAUCAUAUUCUGCGAAGACGACAACUGCUGUCAAAUCGUCUGCAGAACCAACUGAGCACGUGGUGAAGAAGCGCUACCGUCUUAUCGCUCGCUACCGACACGAUGGUGAUGAGGACGUUGUCGAGAAGCCAGAUCCGUAUGCGUUCGCUUCAACUUCUUACGACGGGCACCUAGAAGAUGUUCGUCGUCAAGAUGAAUUGGAUCAGACUCCAAUUGCUGACUACGCCACCGUUUACCAUCAUGGAGAAUCGUGGAGAAAGGAGAGGCCAGUGUCACCUGUGGCUACUCUUGAAAAGAAGCCGAAGAAGGUCAAGUCGCUGAAGAAGGCGAAGCUGCCAGAACCAGUUGAGCCAGAGACCAAGGAAGUUCGUCUGAUCGCUCGUGUUCAAUCUGAUCCAGAAGAGAAGCAAGUUGCUGAGUCAGUUGUCAAGGAGAAGAAGCCGAAGAAGGAGGGAUCCAAGCUCGGAUUCUUCAGUCGCACCGCCAAGACGACCAAAACUACUGGAUAUCCGGAGACUUCGGAGCAGUUCACAGGAGAUUUGGACACUACCGACCGCAGUCACGAUCUGGAAGGUGUUCCAUUCGAGCACGGAGACAUCCCGGCCUACUCUCCAAUGAAGAUCGUUGCAUCCGAGGAAGAUCCGUCGUCUGGACCAGCCGUACCAGAGAAGAAGCGCUACCGUCUGAUUGCUCGUUUCCGUCACGAAGGAGAUGAAGAUGAGGUCGAAAAGCCAGAUUCCUACGCUUUCGCUUCUACUUUGUACGAAGGACCUCUGGAAGACAUUCAUCGCCAAGCAGAACUCGAUCAGGCUCCAAUCGGCGAUCACUCUACUGUCUACCAUCACGGCGAAUCCUGGAGAAAAGAGAAGCCAGUGUCACCUGUGGCUACUCUCGAAAAGAAGGCGAAAAAGGUAAAGUCGCUGAAGAAGGCUGAGCUGCCAGAACCAGUUGAGCCGGAAACCAGGGAAAUUCGUCUAAUUGCGCGAGUUCGAUCUGAGCCAGAAGACGAGCAAGUUGCCGAGCCGGUUGUCAAAGAGAAGAAGCCGAAGAAGGAGGGAUCCAAGCUCGGAUUCUUCAGUCGUACCACCAAGACGACCAAAACUACUGGAUAUCCGGAGACUUCUGAGCAGUUCACAGGAGAUUUGGACACUACCGACCGCAGUCACGACCUGGAAGGUGUUCCAUUCGAGCACGGAGACAUCCCGGCCUACUCUCCAAUGAAGACUGUUGCAUCCGAGGAAGAUCCGUCGUCUGGACCAGCCGUACCAGAGAAGAAGCGCUACCGUCUGAUUGCUCGUUUCCGUCACGAAGGAGAUGAAGAUGAGGUCGAAAAGCCAGAUUCCUACGCUUUCGCUUCUACUUUGUACGAAGGACCUCUGGAAGACAUUCAUCGCCAAGCAGAACUCGAUCAGGCUCCAAUCGGCGAUCACUCUACUGUCUACCAUCACGGCGAAUCCUGGAGAAAAGAGAAGCCAGUGUCACCUGUGGCUACUCUCGAAAAGAAGGCGAAAAAGGUAAAGUCGCUGAAGAAGGCUGAGCUGCCAGAACCAGUUGAGCCGGAAACCAGGGAAAUUCGUCUAAUUGCGCGAGUUCGAUCUGAGCCAGAAGACGAGCAAGUUGCCGAGCCAGUUGUCAAAGAGAAGAAGCCGAAGAAGGAGGGAUCCAAGCUCGGAUUCUUCAGUCGUACCACCAAGACGACCAAAACUACUGGAUAUCCGGAGACUUCUGAGCAGUUCACAGGAGAUUUGGACACUACCGACCGCAGUCACGAUCUGGAAGGUGUUCCAUUCGAGCACGGAGACAUCCCGGCCUACUCUCCAAUGAAGACUGUUGCAUCCGAGGAAGAUCCGUCGUCUGGACCAGCCGUACCAGAGAAGAAGCGCUACCGUCUGAUUGCUCGUUUCCGUCACGAAGGAGAUGAAGAUGAGGUCGAAAAGCCAGAUUCCUACGCUUUCGCUUCUACUUUGUACGAAGGACCUCUGGAAGACAUUCAUCGCCAAGAAGAACUCGAUCAGGCUCCAAUCGGCGAUCACUCUACUGUCUACCAUCACGGCGAAUCCUGGAGAAAAGAGAAGCCAGUGUCACUUGUGGCUACUCUCGAAAAGAAGGCGAAAAAGGUAAAGUCGCUGAAGAAGGCUGAGCUGCCAGAACCAGUUGAGCCGGAAACCAGGGAAAUUCGUCUAAUUGCGCGAGUUCGAUCUGAGCCAGAAGACGAGCAAGUUGCCGAGCCGGUUGUCAAAGAGAAGAAGCCGAAGAAGGAGGGAUCGAAAUCGAGAAUUCCAUCUUUCGGAUUCUUCCACCGUACUCAGACUCCUUCUACUUCUCACCCGGCGACUUCUGAUGGAUACACUGGACCCGUUGACACCACUGAUCGUGUUCAUGAUUUGGAGUCCGCGCCGUUCGAGCAUGGUGAAGUUCCAUCAUAUUCUGCGAAGACGACAACUGCUGUCAAAUCGUCUGCAGAACCAACUGAGCACGUGGUGAAGAAGCGCUACCGUCUUAUCGCUCGCUACCGACACGAUGGUGAUGAGGACGUUGUCGAGAAGCCAGAUCCGUAUGCGUUCGCUUCAACUUCUUACGACGGGCACCUAGAAGAUGUUCGUCGUCAAGAUGAAUUGGAUCAGACUCCAAUUGCUGACUACGCCACCGUUUACCAUCAUGGAGAAUCGUGGAGAAAGGAGAGGCCAGUGUCACCUGUGGCUACUCUUGAAAAGAAGCCGAAGAAGGUCAAGUCGCUGAAGAAGGCGAAGCUGCCAGAACCAGUUGAGCCAGAGACCAAGGAAGUUCGUCUGAUUGCCCGAGUUCGAUCUGAGCCAGAAGACGAGCAAGUUGCCGAGCCAGUUGUCAAAGAGAAGAAGCCGAAGAAGGAGGGAUCCAAGCUCGGAUUCUUCAGUCGUACCACCAAGACGACCAAAACUACUGGAUAUCCGGAGACUUCUGAGCAGUUCACAGGAGAUUUGGACACUACCGACCGCAGUCACGACCUGGAAGGUGUUCCAUUCGAGCACGGAGACAUCCCGGCCUACUCUCCAAUGAAGAUCGUUGCAUCCGAGGAAGAUCCGUCGUCUGGACCAGCCGUACCAGAGAAGAAGCGCUACCGUCUGUUUGCUCGUUUCCGUCACGAAGGAGAUGAAGAUGAGGUCGAAAAGCCAGAUUCCUACGCUUUCGCUUCUACUUUGUACGAAGGACCUCUGGAAGACAUUCAUCGCCAAGAAGAACUCGAUCAGGCUCCAAUCGGCGAUCACGCUUUUGUCUACCACCACGGUGAAUCCUGGAGAAAAGAGAAGCCAGUGUCACCUGUGGCUACUCUCGAAAAGAAGGCGAAAAAGGUCAAGUCGCUGAAGAAGGCUGAGCUGCCAGAACCAGUUGAGCCGGAAACCAGGGAAAUUCGUCUAAUUGCGCGAGUUCGAUCUGAGCCAGAAGACGAGCAAGUUGCCGAGCCGGUUGUCAAAGAGAAGAAGCCGAAGAAGGAGGGAUCGAAAUCGAGAAUUCCAUCUUUCGGAUUCUUCCACCGUACUCAGACUCCUUCUACUUCUCACCCGGCGACUUCUGAUGGAUACACUGGACCCGUUGACACCACUGAUCGUGUUCAUGAUUUGGAGUCCGCGCCGUUCGAGCAUGGUGAAGUUCCAUCAUAUUCUGCGAAGACGACAACUGCUGUCAAAUCGUCUGCAGAACCAACUGAGCACGUGGUGAAGAAGCGCUACCGUCUUAUCGCUCGCUACCGACACGAUGGUGAUGAGGACGUUGUCGAGAAGCCAGAUCCGUAUGCGUUCGCUUCAACUUCUUACGACGGGCACCUAGAAGAUGUUCGUCGUCAAGAUGAAUUGGAUCAGACUCCAAUUGCUGACUACGCCACCGUUUACCAUCAUGGAGAAUCGUGGAGAAAGGAGAGGCCAGUGUCACCUGUGGCUACUCUUGAAAAGAAGCCGAAGAAGGUCAAGUCGCUGAAGAAGGCGAAGCUGCCAGAACCAGUUGAGCCGGAGACCAAGGAAGUUCGUCUGAUCGCUCGUGUUCAAUCUGAUCCAGAAGAGAAGCAAGUUGCUGAGUCAGUUGUCAAGGAGAAGAAGCCGAAGAAGGAGGGAUCCAAGCUCGGAUUCUUCAGUCGCACCACCAAGACGACCAAAGCUACUGGAUAUCCGGAGACUUCUGAGCAGUUCACAGGAGAUUUGGACACUACCGACCGCAGUCACGACCUGGAAGGUGUUCCAUUCGAGCACGGAGACAUCCCGGCCUACUCUCCAAAGAAGAUUGUUGCAUCCGAGGAAGAACCGUCGACUGCAGGAGCCGUGCCAGAAAAGAAGCGCUAUCAUCUGAUUGCUCGUUUCCGUCACGAAGGAGAUGAAGAUGAGGUCGAGAAGCCAGAUCCUUAUGUGUUUGCCUCUAUUUCUUACGACGGGCCACUCGAGGACAUUCAACUCCAAUCAGACAUUGAAACUCUUCCAAUCAGCGACCAUUCAAAUGUCUACCAUCACGGUGAAUCCUGGAAAAAGGAGCAGCCAGUGUCACCUGUGGCUACUGUCGAGAAGAAGGCGAAGAAGGUCAAGUCGCCAAAUAAGGAGAAGCUGCCAGAACAAGUUGAACCGGAUACCAAAGAAAUUCGUUUGAUUGCCCGAGUUCGAUCUGAGCCAGAAGAGGAGCAAGUUGUCAAGGAGAAGAAGCCGAAGAAGGAGGGAUUCAAGCUCGGAUUCUUCAGCCGUACCACCAAAACGACCAAGACAAUUGGAUAUCCCGGAUCUUCGGAGCAGUUCACUGGAGAACUCGAUACUACCGACCGCAGUCACGACCUGGAAGGUGUUUCAUUCGAACAUGGAGAGAUUCCUGUUUACUCCCCCAAGAAACGUGCUGCUGAAGAAUCUCCGGAAGAACACGCUCAACCUGAAAAGAAGCGUUACCGCCUGAUUGCCAGAUUUCGUCAUGAAGGAGACGAAGAUGAGGUCGAAAUACCAGAUCCGUAUGGAUUCGCUGAAACCGUUCACCAAGGUCCGCUAGAUGAGACUACGCGUCAUCCUGAAUUGGAGCAGUAUCCACUUUCUGAGCACUCGACCGUCUACCAUCAAGGAGAUUCCCGCCGAACUGAGCCAAUUGCAGCUAAAUGGACUGUCGAAAAGAAGAAAAAGAAAGAGAAGAAGGCCAAGACCAAGAAGGAGACUGCUCCGGAGCCAGUUGAACCUGAGACGCGAGCAGUCCGCUUGAUUGCUCGUGUUCCAACUUCACAACAGGAAGAACCAAGUUCCGGAGAACUUCUGAAGAAGGAGAAAAAGCCGAAGAAGGAGGGCUCCAAAUUUGGCUUAUUCAGUCGGCCCACCAACUCCGAGAAGACUGAAGUCUUAGCUGAACCAGUCUACCAAGGACCACUCGACUCCACUACUCGCUCUCAUGAACUGGAAAAUAUUCCAUUCGAUCAUUUCGAAGUUCCGAUCCACAAGACCGAAGAACUCUCUGAUGUGCCGUCUGAGCCAGUCGUUCACGAGGAGAAGAAGCGAUUCCGUUGGUUCGCCAGAUUCCGCCACGAUGGAGACGAAGAUGAGGUCGAGAAGCCAGGUGCGUAUGCGUUUGCUUCUGAUCUCAACGAAGGACCACUCGACGAAACAUCUCUGAACCGUGACAUCGACCAGAUUCCAAUCGCCGACUUCGCUACUGUCUACCAUCAUGGAGAGUCGUGGAAAAAUGAAAAACCAGUGUCACCUGUUGCUGAAAUGAAACAAAAGAAGGUCAAGGCUGCUAAGGAACCGACUCCAGAGCCAGAGGAAUCCCGUGAAGUUCGUCUCGUCGCUCGCAUUCAACCGCUGAGUCACGAAGAUGAAGAACCUGUUGUUGAAGAGAAGGCGUCUCCAGUCAAGGAACAACGAUUGUCUUCAUUCAACAUCUUCCACCGUCACUCCAAACCGACUGGAUAUCCAGAACCAUCUGCAGUGUACGACGGAGAUCUCGAUGUGACUGGCCUUUCUCGUGAAGUUGAGAAGGCGCAAUUUAAGUCUGGAGACAUUCCCGAGUAUACACCGAAGAACUUGGACACUGCUGAGCCGGCAGCUCAUCACGAAAGCCGAAUCUAUCGUCUAUUCACACGAUUCCGCUAUGAAGGUGAAGAAGAUGUCGUCGAGAAUCCGAGCGCCUACGCUUUCGUCUCCACUGUUUACGAUGGUCCCCUGGACGAGAUCUCUAAGCAAUCUGAGAUUGAACAAUCACCGAUUGGAGAUCAUUCGACUGUCUAUCACCACGGAGAAUCCUGGAGAAAGGACGUUUCAUCUCCAGUUUCUUCGUUGGAGAAGAAGCAGAAGAAGGUAAAGCCGCCGAAGAAGGAGAAGAGCCAGGAGCCGGUAGAACCAGAGAAGCACGAAGUGAAACUGCUGGCCAAGGUCAAGUCGGAAGAGCCAGAAGCUGGCGAUGUGGUAGAGAAGGAGGACUCCUCGAGACCGUUCCGUCUCCGAUUCUUCAGUCUUAACAAGAAGAAUGCUGAAUCCUCAUAUCCGGAAUCGUCUCCAAUCUACGAAGGACCACUUGAUGUAACGAGUCCUGCCGACGAAUUUGAGAAGACGCCGUACUUGCAUGGACAAGUGCCAAGGUACUCUCCGAAAGCCGUUCGAGCUGUGAAGUCGCCGGAGAAGCUGGAGAAGAAGAAGGCCACCGGAAUGUUUGCCAGAUUCCGUCACGAAGGAGACGAGGACAUCGUUGAGAAGCCAGCCGCCUACGGAUUCGCCCCCACUUCAUAUGAUGGACCGUUGGAAGAGAUCUCUCGUGAGUCUGAAAUCUAUCAGACUCCGAUCGAAGAUCACUCCACCGUCUAUCAUCAUGGAGAAUCAUGGAGAAACGAUGAUGUUGCCGCAGCUGCGCCCGAAAAGAAAACGAAGAAGAAGGUGAAGGAAGAGCCGGAAGGAAGUGAUGUCCGCUUGGUUGCUCGAGUUCUUCCUCAAGGACAAGAGCCGUCCGAAUCUUCGGAUGAGAAGUCACCACGAAAAGAUGAUAAGGAGAACAAGCCAUUCCGUUUCCGAUUCUUCAGCUUAUCCAACAAAGGAGCCGGAACAAAGACUGGAUAUCCUGAGACUUCUACGACUUAUGAAGGUCCUCUCGAAGUAACCGAACGAAGCCAACCUUUGGAGCAUGUUGAAUUCUGGAGAAAGGAGUUUCCCGCGAAGGAGAAGGUCAUAGUGUCUACGGAAAUUGAGCAACAGCCGGAAGUUCAAGAGAAUCAGGAGAAUGUCCCGCCAAAGUCGUCCGAGAAGACGCAACGAUUCAAUUUCUUGCGAGGAGUCAAGCCGAGCCGCUCCACACGCGGCACCUCCUACCCGUCCACUUUCGAAAACUACACCGGCCCAUUGGAUGUCACUGACAGAAAUCUCGAUUUGGAGACAAUCCCAUUCGAGCACAGCGGCACUAUUCCGAAGUAUAGUCCGAGAAAACCCGCCGAACUUUCAACGGAAGCCGACCGGAAGUAUCGCCUGAUCGCACGAAUCCUGCAUGACGGAGACGAGGACGAGGUCGAAAAGAGCAAACUGCAUCCUGUGUUUUAUUCAUUCCCCGCUUGGACCCAAUCUGGAAACGUCGAGGAGACUCCACUGCAGGCAGAGGUCGAAGAAUGUCCAAUUCAGGAGCACUCUUCUGUCUAUCAUUCAGGAUAUUCCGGUGCUCGCAUUCGGGAUGCAAUUAUUGGAAAGCUCAACAAGAGAACUUCUACCAGUGGUGUCUACCAAGAACCGAAAGCUGACGUCAAGCUGAUCGCUCGAGUUCUGCCAAUGAAGAAGAGUCUGCCGAAAGAGUCCGAAGGUGUCGUUUCUGACGAUGUAAAGAUUAUCGCGGAGCCCCUAACUCGCAGUGCCGAGUUGGAGCCACGCGCAUUGACCGAUCUCAUCGGACCAUCUACCUCAACGGCCCGUAACAGCGCUUUGGUCGUCGAGAACACCGUCAACUACUUCCCCUCCUCGCUCCAAUACGAACCACGUGCCGCGCGUAUCGAAGGCUACACCGACGACGGUCACGGCUACGUGGAAGUGCGCCUGGAGCGGCGAGCCGAAGUGCAGUUGGAGCCAGUGUAUGUGCUGCGCGAAACGACUCGAAGCCACGCCUACCUCUCGACAGCGACUGCUUAUUUCUCUGGCGCCUCCAGCUCUACUGCGGGCGGCUCCGCGACUACCAGACACUCGGUGGUGCCAUUCGUCGGUUCGGUGUCGGAAGACGAAACCGGACUGCACUUCUCCACCACUCCACUAAACAUGUCGCCGCCGGAAAGACCGUCUUUCUUGGCUCGACUCGGUUUCAAGGUUUGUUUGUCCUAGUAGCUCGAAGGAAAGUUGUGUGUGGCUGUGUGGAUGUUGUGUGCUUCUUCCCGCUAUCUUUUUGGUGGUGGUUAAAAUAAAAGAGAGAUUGGCUGCUCGGCUGGUGCUCAUUGCUUCCUUCUUCUCUACAUAAUACACUGCUGUGCCCCCAUUUUCUGUGCUCGGGCUCUUUUGUGAGCCACCAGUGUCUUCGUGUGUGCGUGUGUGUGUUGUGAUGAGCUCCCCUCUGGGACAUUGGGAAUAUACAUCGGAAGCAGAAGAAGAAGGAAGAGAAAAAAGACGAGGGACGAAGGAGACGUUUUUUUGUUUUCCCCUCCUCCCACCACAAUCGGAUUUCCUUCGAAAGUUCCAUUCCACCCAAUGAGGGGUCUGUUGACACAUUCUUAGCGAAACGUUUGUGUGAAAAGCCGCGCGAUAUGAUUUUUUGUGUGCGUGUGUGUCAAUUGACCUUGGCUCCUGUUUGCUAAACUCCUUCAGAUAGAAAAAGCUAAUGAUGAUGAUGAACGUUUGAAAUUUUCAGCGCGACAAGAAGAAGGACAAGAAGGACAAAAAGGGCAAAAAGGAGAACGAGUCGUCGGAGACGUCGGACAGCGAGCAUGAAGAGAAGCGCGAGUUCGCCGUUGUUGAAUUCCAGCCGGUACGUUCCCACUUUUUCAUUUCCAGGAAACGUUGCAGGUCAAGUGUUGCGGUGGAUUGAUUGAAAUUUGCAUGUCUCAUUAGUGUAGGAUUCACACAAUAGAUUAAAUUUCACACAUUCUGGGGGUUUCUCGUUGGUUCUCGGUUCUCUUUUAUUCACAACGCACACUUGAAGCAUGAGGAGGCGCCGCCCCCGCAAAAGCAGGAAGGUCCGAAGAAGCCAGAGCAUCGAACGCACAAAAGUCCGGGCAGACGGACGGACGAGCCGAUGAACGAGGUGACGGUGGUCGUUACGGGUGGAGAGACGCUUCCCGCCGAGCUGGGCGCCACGAAGGAGGUGCGGCACGAGACGCGCGAGCAGCAGUUCCGACUCACUGGCGACGGCUACACGUCCGGCUUCAAUCCGAACGAUCCGGUUGGUGUGGGAUGGAUACGGAAUAGAAGGAAAGAGGAAAGGAAGAAGAAGAAAAUGGGGGGAAGAGGGAGGGUGCAUGAGAAGUUGGAGGGGGUUUGAGACGGAAUGAUUCGGGUGGUGGAUCUGAAGAAUCUAUCAGCCAAGAGAAAAUGAUCAAAUGCGAAUUGCAGAGGAGCAAAAGGUCCACCACCAAAAUCUCGCCAAUCAAAUCCCCCUCGUGCGUGUGUUCCCUUUUUUGAAUUUGCUCAGUUUUUGCACUCAAUCCUCCCACACACUCAAAUGACGCACCUCUUCUCUCUCUCUUCUUUUUUCUGUCUUUAUUCUUAAUGAUUCCUUUUACAUAAUAGGUUUCAGUGUCUCUUUCUCUCAUUUUUUGAUCCGAUUGGGCAAUCCUUUAGUUUUCUGAUCCCCUUGUUCUUUCCUUCUCCUUUUCUAUUUUUGAUAGGAUCCUGUGGAUUUUGUAGUCGCUGAUGGCAACGAUUCAACGUGCGGAACGUCUGAACGCAAGCUCGCCACGGUUGGAACACGCCGAGCGCACUUUCACUGUGCGCGCAAACGCGCCCCUACCGGUCUCUUUCGAGGUACUCUUCUUAGUCUCACACUGACUGUGAAAUGCCCGAAAACUGCUGAUGCUGCUGCUGAGAGCACACAUUCUGAGUCCUCUUCCUUAUUUCUAUCCUAAUUUGACUUCCUAUCAGUCUGUCUCGUCGUUUUCAUCGUCGCCGCUUUCUACUCACCCACCUCUCCGCCCCCGCGUUUUCGCCCGAUUCGUUGUCUAUUCAGUGUUCUCCGUUCUUCCGAUUUCCUAUGUUCUGAGUGAUUAUUGUGUUCGUUCGUUCGGUACCGUGAUCGUCGUGAUGUCCUUCUUCUGAAGUCUUCCUUCACUUUUGCACCUGCACACUAUUCUGACCCUCUUCUAACCUCUGAAAAGCGUGUGGAUUUCCUGAUCUAUGAGUGUCUGAGUGAUGCUUCUUCUGCUCAACAAAUAUUGUGAAAUUACCUCAUGUGGAGAAAUGAUGAGUCGACAAUACUGGAAAAGAGCCCUCUGUUCUCUGAUUUUCGCUAUUUUUCGCUCCAACCUUACUUUUAUUUGCAAAGUACGUACUGGAAAAAGUUUGGAAAAAUCAGGAAUCCCAUCAGAAUUUACCCUCAACACCCAGAUUUUCACCAAUUUUAUUCAGUUGUAAUUUGCCGAAUCAGAGCCGCUCUUUCUCAGUUCUUGCCUCAUUUCAUCAUUUCCAAUUUCUACAACAAAAAAACCUCAUCUAAAACCCGCAUUUUAGGAGAGCGGCCAACCUUACACGACGGUGUCGACGUGGCAAGAAACGAGCGAUCUUCCGGAACAAGUUGAAGUUUAUACGGACGAGAACGGACGACAGAUCACGUACGCCUCAAACAAUCAAUUUAUUUAUCCCCCGAAUCCCUAUGUUUUUCAGAAGAACUGUCAAGUCGUCGCAGGUGAAACACACUGUGCAGACGCAAUCCUUCCAGAACUACAUUGUGGACGGCGACCAGGUGCCGGUCGGAGUCGUCGACGUCGAGCGAAGCCGUGAGCAGUUGACUCCGCUCGGACAGCAAGCUUCUUCUUCUUCCGGCCAACAGAACGGCGACGGAAUUGUGGAGACUCAGACGCGUACGAUGACCUACGAGGCUCAAGGCGGCGAGAAUGCCGCUCCGCCCGGAUGGGCUGAACAAGUGAGCACACUAAGGAAAGGCCUUCUUCAACAAUUAAUGAUAUUUCAGGGACUCGGCGAGUACGUCUCUUCAAAGAGUGUCACUCAGGGCAAUCGAACGAUCGAGACGAUCACGUACAAGACGGAGAAGGACGGAGUGAUCGAGACGCACGUCGAACAUCGAGUCACCAUCCACUCCGAUGGAGACAUUGAUCACGAUGCGGUAAGCUUGAAAUCGGUUGAAAAUUUUUUAGAAUACCGUUUUCAGGAGCUGUCGCAAGCGAUUCUCGAGGCGACCCAAAUGAACCCGGAUAUGGUGGUCGAGAAAAUCGAGGUCCGUCAGGAGACGACCCAAUAA